AUUUGAGGGCGCGGCAUAUUCAGACUUUGUGCGUUGUCUACAGAUCUCCCAAAAUAUUCGACGUAAGACAUUUGCAGAUCUAAGGGUUCUGUCCAAUUAUAACAGAUGAACUUCAGUUUUCAAUUCCUCGACAUUACAACCAACCCUACUGUAAAUACUAUCUAUGGUACUAUAUUAUCGAUACCAUGGACCAGUGAACUAUGGUUAGUUUCACUAAUUGGAUUUCAUUUUCUCACAUCCAUAUGUGUAAUUGCUUUCCGCAAGUGUACAAAUUUGUUGCUGUGUAUUUUGCUUAUUUCCCGUAAGGUUUCAUGUAUAAUUGUUUAUAACAUAGUUGGUACUGUUUGGUUUUCACACCGGACUAAUGAAUUCGCUGCUAAUAACUGGAACUUGUUCGCUACUGAGCAAUAUUUUGAUAGUUAUGGAUAUUUCAUAUCUUGUAUUUGGAACAUUCCUGUUAUUUUAAACAGUCUACUAAUUGUUCUACUCCUUGUUUUACAGAUCAACAGUUUAAUAAUUCAAUCUAAACGAUUGCAAAUCGCUAACAAAAAGCGAUUAAAAACAGAUUAAAAAACCUUGUUGAUUUUUAAUUAAAUUUCUGAGUUUGUAA